ACUCGUUUUGCACAUCUCGACUAAGUUCAGAAGGCUCUCGUCAUCAGUAUGAUGUCUCUCUCCACUUUGCUUCUUGCUUCGUGGUUAUAUACGGGGUGAACAAAAAUAUAUGAAUAUCGGAAAAAGUGAUGAUGUAGGAAAAUAUGCCAAAUGAAAGAUCACUGGAUAUGCAUACUCAGCGUUUUGAUAGUCGCAAGAGUGUUUGCGCAUAAUUUUUGGUUGCGGAGUGUACUGAACUAGUUACAUUCAAUAUAAACAACAGGAAUGAAAACCUACUGUCCGCGAAAUAUAAUCUUCUGUAGAAAUCGCGGAUGGGAACGUGAAAGAAGUAGCGCAAAUCCAGGAAUCGAGAUGCAGCUAGCCGAGGCCAUUUAAGACGAGGAUCAAGAGAGAAUUCGGAUCCUGCGAGAAGACCAAGAAGAAGAAAACUCAACAGCCAGCUAGACUCUGUUUGCGAUCAAGGAACUUACUUUUGUAUAUGCUUUCUGGAUUAUUCUUUGUAAAUCGAAAUCGUAGUAUGAAUAUCACGGAAAAUAUACACGCUAUAACGACAAAAUACUUCAUCGUUUUGUCAUUCCCGCACAUUUCGAGCAAAGUACUCGGUGCUCCAUUGGCGUCAACUCGUGUUUUCGGAAAUCCCUAAAAGUCACACGGGCAUGCGCAAUACACCAAGCUUUACCUGAAAAUCUAGUCUACACUAUUUCUCACCAAUGCAUAUGUGUAUAAUGCAUUUGUCAUAGAUAAUAGUGUAUGCAUGUUCUACAGGUCAAUAAGGAACCGCUAUAUUUACGCUUAUCAGCUGUGGAAUGACAGAUGGAAUAAAAAAUGGCUGAAAAUGGGUCGGGGUCCGAUGCUGGAUCUCAAGAAUAUCUUGCAACAGAGAUUAUUAACUUAGAUAUUGAAGAGUUGGACAAUACAGAAUAUGCUAUACCUGCUGUGGAGGAAUUACCAUCAUUAGAAAGUAUAUUAACAGAACCUGAUUGUACUUCAUUAUCUGGAACAGACAAUGAUUUUGGUUUCACAUCAGGUGAAAAACUAGGUAGUAGUGAAACAACAAGUGUUGGAAGUCAUUUAUCAUUAAAUUCUUUAAAUAAGUCAAACAAAACUUCACAACCAACAUCUUCUGGUUCUAUUUUGAGACAUGUUAUAUUAAAAGGAAUAUCAUCACAAAUUGUGUCAGCUAGUGAAAAAGUAAAUGCUGGUUUAGCAAGUGCAGUUGCAGCUGGGGGGAAUAUGUUGGUAGUUGGCACUAGUCAUGGAUUGGUGUUAGGUUUUGAUUCUUCACAAACAUUACGAUGGUGUGAUCAAGAAGCAAGACAUCAAGGAUCAGUUUCUGCACUGUGUUUUAAUUAUGAUGGAAGUAGAGUACUAGCUGGGUUUGCUAGAGGCCAUAUAUUAAUGAUAGAUAGUUCUAAUGGAAAAGUAUUGAGAACACUUACAGAUGUUCAUCCUCUUGAUACAGCUGUGUUACAUGUCAAAUUCACAGAUUCACCUAAAGUAGCAUUAUGUAGUGACAGUGGUGGAUCCGUUUUUGAAUUGAACUUUACAAGAGUUAUGGGAGUACGAGGUUGUGAUAGUAGGUGCUUAUUUAGUGGGUCCAGAGGUGAAGUGUGUACAUUAGAACCUUUAUUAUUAAAUCAUCUGCCAUCACAUCCUUUGAAAAAUUAUACAUUAGUAGCAAUGGCAACAUUAUCAAAGGUAAUAGUAGUUUGCAUAAGGCCACGAAUGCGCGUUGUGUUAACUCACCCAUUAUCUGGUGCUCCUAUAGCACCACCACAAUUAUCUUGGCAGCUUGUUGUUAUACAAGCAGCAGAUGCUUCUCGUGUAAUUGAUCCAGUUUUAGCUCUUGCAAGAGAUGAUGUGGUCCAUUUUUACCAAGUAUGUACUGAAGCUGGAUCAAGAGUGAAAUUAUUUGCCUUAAGAAGAAUGACUUUCCCAUAUACAAUAAGUAAUUUACGAUGGUUAAACCCAAGAUCUUUAGCAGUUUUGGAUACUCAAGAAAGAUUACAUUUAGUAGAUGUGAGAGCACAGGAUAAUUUGGAAACUUUAGAUAUGAGUCGUGUUGGAAUUUCGUAUGCAUCCAGCCAUUUUAAAGGUUUAUCUACUGGUGGAAAUGUUUCAAAGGCAAUGGCAUUGGCCGGUGAACGAGCAUGUUAUAAUACUGUAGUAACAUUUGGUACUCAACUUUUAUUAUUGGGUACCAAAAGUUUACACGUAGUUUGCAUUCGAACAUGGACAGAGCGAUUGAGACAUUUGACGAUGCAGAAAAGAUUUCCAGAAGCAUUAGCAUUAGGACUCACUUUUUAUCAAGACAAAGGAAAAGCAGUUGUUGGCCUUCGUGGUUCGAAGCAGCGUCGUAAACAAAUAGCUCGUGAUAAACUAUGUCAAGUUUUAAUGCAGUACAUGGAAGAAUUGAAUCAUUGCUGUUCAGAUGAAAAUUCAGAGUUUGAAAUAGUCACUACUUGUGUAGAUUAUUGCAUACAACUGGAAAAUACAGAUUUAUUGUUUGGGAAAUUAUGGGACUUAGUCUCGGAAUCUGAAGGAUUAAAAGCAAGUUACUUGCAUGCUCUUGAAAGUCCAUUACUAGAUGGGAGUUUGCCUCCUCGAUUACCACCAUUAAUUGCUCAACAAUUAGUUACUCUUUAUGACCAAGAAGAAAAGAUAGACUCGCUUCAAGCAAUUAUAGUAUUAUUAGAUGUUGAUUGUUUGGAUAUUCAUCAAGUAACAACAGUUUGUCGUCAACGAGGUCUUUGGGAAGCUUUAAUACAUCUUCAAACUACAGCGUUAGGCGAUUUCACCGCUCCAAUUCACCAAUUAGUACCAAUUUUACAUCAUUCAUUAACAAAUUCGAAAGAUACACUAACUCGAGAUAGCAUACAGCUUGGUAAUGCACUUCUAGUAUAUGCUAGUUGCUGUCUUGCCGGUCGUGGCUUUCCCAGAGACGAACUUCCCGAGGGCAUGUCUCAGAGAGCAAAAACGGAUGUUUUAAGAGCAUUACUUUCUCAACAUUCUAGUUUAGCUAAUGAUUCUGAGAGGCAAUAUCCAUAUCUAAGAACUUUACUUCAAUUUGACGCAAAAGGAUUUCUUGACGUAAUAGCCAUUGCCUUUCAAGAACCCGAAUUUACGUCUGAAAUGGGUCUCAGGCAACGACAAAGACUUAUAGAUAUACUAUUAAAUAUUGUUAUGCCUAGCACACCAUUAAGUCCAAGGAAUCCUGACUAUAUCAGUGAUGAACAUAGAAAUCUAGUUCUUAUAUUCAUAGCCAACGAAGUCGCGGAGAAUACUGUUAAUUUAGAACCUACUAUGUUAAAUAAAAUGAUAGAAAUAUUAUGUACUGAUUCAAGCAUACGAUCAUCGAAAGAACUUAAGGCUGAUAAAGAAAAUGCAAUAUUGGGAUUAGUACGUUCAAAAAAAUUGCGUAAUAUAUCAGAUAAUACCUUACUUAAUCUGGCAGAAAGAGCUAACUUUACACGAGUUGCGGAGUUAUUAUAUAGUGCUAGAGAAGAUUGGAUUGCAGUUUGCAAAUGUAUGAUAUUACAUCCAUCCAGACAUCAAGACAUUUGGCUCUGGUUAAAACAUCUUUCCUUAAACUCGUUGCAACCAGUUAUAAUGGCCAAUGCGGAAGCUCUUGUCGGAAUUAAUGCAAGUCAAUUUGCUAUUCUUGUAGCAACACAUAUGCAAAAUAGAAUUAAUGAAAUAUUAGAAAAAUUGGAAAAUAUUCCAAACUUACAAUAUGCUUUAUUGGAAGCUUUAUAUCAAAUAGUACAAUAUAAAGAAGAAGAUAUCACGUUAGAACUUAAAACUGAACUAUUUGAAAAAUAUUUAGAACUUAUGUGCGAAUUACAACCAGACCGGGUAAUUGAGCAUAUUCAAGGGUUCCAUGGUUGUAGAUUGAAUGAAGCACUGAAGAUAGUUCAGAAAGCAAAUCAUAAAGAUGCUGAAGCAGUAAUGUUAGAGAAGCUAGGAAAUUAUCAAGAUGCAUUUGAUAUUCUUUUAAAAGAAUUUCAAAACAAUCUUGAAUUGUAUUGUCAAAAUAAGAUAUCAGAAAACGCGUCGAUUCAUACUGUAAUACAGCUUGCAGGAAUGUGUAGACGAUCUGCAGGAAAUUUAGAUUGGAUGCCACUUGUAGAAAUUAUUCUUCAAACACAUUCGAAUAGUAAUGACGAAAAAGUCGAAAAAUUAAGUGGAAAAUUGUUGAGAAUUACAUUAGAAUUUCUUAGUGGUACAACAGCAUUGUCAACUGUAUUAGAACAAAUAUUAAAACACCCAUUAGCAACAAGUGGUACAAUAGGUGAUAUAAGACAAUUGUUGUCUGGAGUACUUACACAUUCUCGAUAUGAGCAAACUUUAGUUGAAACUACUGCACGUUUGGUUAGUUUGGAACUUCAUAAAGCUUUAAAAAAAUCAUUGAGAGAUGCGGGUAAAGCGUGUACCAGUACAUCAAUAAUUUGUGCAAUAUGUAGACAUUUGUUAUCACAAUGUACAGACUAUAUAAUAGUUUUUAGUUGUGGCCAUGGAUUUCAUUCACAAUGUUUAGAAGAACCUAAAUCUUGUUAUAAAUGUUUAAAUUCAAAAGGAUGGUCAACACUUGUUACAAAUACUGUAUAUACUACUAAAUCAUUCCAUGAACAUAAACAAAUUCUACCCCCAGAAUUUAUGCGCAAUAAAGAUCUUUCUUUAAGACUUGCACCACCUACUUCUUUACCAGAUCUUGAGGGUAUUUUUUAAUCUAGUCUUUAAAUAUCAAAGUACGACACCUCCUUUCUUAAUAGUGUGUGACAUUUUAGUAGUAAAAAUGAUAUAAUGUCAUACAUAUGUACAUUACAUUAGAUCUCGUUUUCAUUCCAUGAA